AAUCACUUGACGUCAAUCAAAAAAAUUAUCUUUAUGUAGUUUUUUUAUUCGAAAAAUUCCCAAUGAAAACCUCAUAAUGUCCUUUCAGAAAUACCCAAGAAUCGGUUUGCAAUGUGCCAGGUUUAUUUGCAAGGAAGCUGCCGAAAAGCCCUGCAAAUCACCACACCAAGUUAGAAUCCCGUUGGCCACUCGACAAGAAUUAAAAGAUGCGAAAAGAAUUAUGCUUAAGUUUGGGAGUGAGGUGAUGAUUCAUCCUAAAGGGAAUCUUUUGGCAAUGACCCGUUGGGCUAAUCUUAUUGAACAGAUGGCGGAGCUUUCAUAUCAAGGCAAAGAAAUAAUUUGUAUAACCAGUGGAGCAGUUGCUCAUGGUAGAAAGAAACUUGGUAAUAUUGUAUCGAACAAAGAUUUCAAAGUGAGUAAAAGACCGGCAGCAGCAGUGGGCCAACCAAAUCUCAUGUACUUGUACAGCACCCUAUUGAACAAAUAUAACAUACAAUGCGCUCAGCUUUUACUCACCGAGUCGGACAUUUACCAGGACAGGAACCGGAAAAUCCUCAAAGACUCUAUUAAUAAGCUACUGUCCCUCGGAGUGAUACCUAUAUUCAAUACCAACGAUGCUGUUUUGCCUCAGCCGGACGUACCUUGUCCGACGUUAUGUGACGGUAUCAAGCUCAAAGACAACGACAGUCUGGCAGCAAUUCUAUCAUCAGAAUUACAAACUGACCUUUUGAUUAUAUUAUCAAACGUUGACGGAGUCUACGAUAAAGCCCCUAGCGAAUCUGGUGCCAGAGUUAUCUAUUCGUUUACCAAGGAAACCAGAAAGAUUGUCGAAAUUGGUGAAGGUAGCGCUAGGGGAAUAGGGGGCAUGGAUAGUAAAAUAAAUGCAGCCCUUUGGGCAGUGGCUCACGGUACUGCAGUAGUUGUAGCCAACGGUAUGACGAUAGAUUCAAUAAAGACAGUUGUAUCUGGGAAAAAAUUCGGAACCAUGUUCAUCGACUCUAGUAUUUGUCAGGAUGAUAAUACUGAACAAAUUGCAUCAGAAGCCAGAAGACAGAGUCGUACCUUGGCGUUAGUAUCCAACAACGAUCGUGCCGCCUGUAUCAAUAAAUUUGCCGAGCUUCUAGAUGCCAGGGUACCGGAGAUAAUAGAGGCCAAUAAUAAGGACGUGGAGGACGCUGAAAAAUCCGGCUACAAUCAGGUGCUGAUUAACAGGUUGAGAAUAACGCCGGGGAAAAUCAAGGCUUUGUCUGUGGGUAUUAGACAAGUGGCCGAAACGAGCAAACAUAUUUUGGGCAAAGUACUUAGGAAGACUUUAUUGGCCGAUGGUUUGGAAUUGACUCAAAUAACAGUCCCCCUAGGCGUGAUUCUAGUAAUUUUCGAAUCCAGACCGGACGUUUUGGCUCAAAUAGCAGCCCUCACCAUUGCUUCUGGAAACGGGCUGGUAUUAAAGGGCGGAGACGAAGCUCUCAGGUCCAACAUGGUUAUGAAGUCCAUCGUGGACGAUGCAUUGAAAACCAUCAAGUGUGAGGGUGCCGUAGGGUUGGUGGCAACCAAAGAAGAGAUUGCUGAUUUGAUCAGUAUGGAUCAAUACAUUGAUUUGAUUAUACCGAGAGGAGGGUAUCAGUUGAUUAGGUUUAUUCAGGACAAUGCCAAGAGGAUUCCGGUUAUGGGACAUUCUGAAGGUAUUUGUCAUAUUUAUGUGGACAAGGAUGCGGUUGCAGAGAAAAUUUUUAAAAUUGUUAUCGAUGCUAAAUCUGAUUAUCCGUCUGCCUGUAACGCUGUAGAAACUGUUUUGUUGCACAAGGAUUUAAUGGAAGGAGAUUUCUUUGCUGAGCUUUGUUGCAGAUUGAAACAGACAGAGAUUACAAUUCAUUCAGGGCCAAAAUUAUCAAAAUUUCUACAAUUCGGACCACCUCUAGCAAAAUCAAUGAAAAAAGAAUACGGAGACAAGGAAAUGUGUAUAGAAGUCGUGGAUAAUAUGCAAGAGGCCAUCGAUCAUAUACAUAAAUACGGCAGCAGCCAUACAGAAUCAAUUAUAACAGAAAAUAAGGAAUCAGCUGAAGCAUUUCUAAAAAAAGUCGAUUCAGCUUGCAUCUUUCAUAAUGCCAGCACCAGAAUGUCGGACGGAUUCAGAUUUGGACUCGGUGCCGAAGUCGGUAUAAGUACUGCCAGAAUCCACGCAAGAGGUCCCGUAGGAGUCGAAGGUUUGCUCACCACCAAAUGGAUUUUGCGUAGUAAAUUUGCUCAUACUGCUGGCGAGUUUAAUCAGAAGGAUGGUCCCAAAUGGAUACAUAAGGCUUUGCCCAUCAACUAACAUUUGUAUUGUCUGUAAUAAAAUCACUUAUCAAACAUUUCCUGGAAUCAAUAAAAAUUGAAUUUGUAGAAACUCAUUUAAAAAAUCGACAACAUUCAUUGUUUAUAAUAAUUAUUUAAUGAAUUAACACAGAUAGACAUUUUUAUACAAUAGAGAAUAACAAUUAAUUAUUUAUGUACAAACAAUUAAUAAAGCAAAACAAAAAAUACAAAUUGAUUCAGAAUUAAUCAUUAUUGAUGAUUGAAAUAAUUAUAUACAAAAAUGCUUAUAUCACAGAUUGUUGAAAUACCCCGAAACAAAAGAGGAUUAUUUGCAUUAAAAAACUAAAAUUACACACAACUAAGCUUAUAUUAUCUAGGAAGUAUUUUACUUUACCCACAUACAUUACACAUAAUAUACAAGUAGGAAAAUACUAUAUUUACAAAUACUAGUAAUUGAACAUUAAUUAAUUGCAAACAGUUAUUGGUUUAUUGUAUUUUGAAUAUCAAACAGGAAAUCCUUCCUUAACUAUCGAAAAGCGUAUAUUUUUCCCCAACUUUGAAAAAACAAAAUAAAACAUUUACUACACAUGCAAAUAAUGUUUAUUAAGGAGCAACUAAGGACAGAUAUAUUAAUAAUUUAUAUAAUAUUAUAAAGGAAGAAAAAAAUGUUUGAUAUCCAAAAAAAAAACAAUUUAUGCAAUAAUUCUUAUUGUAUUUGGCGAAGGCGUACAAGAAUGUACGACCCUAUGCGUAGGACUUCCAGGUGCGCUUUGACUUAUGGGUAGAGCCGAUUGAUGAUGGUUGAUGUGACGUCAUAAAGGAUAGAGUUCGUGUUGACCAACGGACGCAUAAGUACAAGUACUCGCAGUCGGUUCCAGCACUUGGGUGUGAGAGUUGAAGUACUAUAGAAGAAAAAUAGAAAUUGUUUUAGUUGUUU